AAUCCCUCUUUAUUUUCUCGUAUACUUUAUCGCUAUCUACUUGAUCAACUCUUCUUCUUCCCUUGUCCGUCUCCCUAUUCCCACCAAAUCUCCUGCUCCUCAUCGAAAUUCUCGACGAAAAAUCGAAUCGGAAUCUGCUGAGAGAAGCAAUGGCGUAUGUGGAUCACGCGUUUUCUAUCUCCUACGACGACGACCUGAUGGAAACUUCCUACGCCGUCAACAACAGGCCGCCAAUUAAGGAGAUAGCUCUCGCCAUCGCUCUCUUUGUUUUCGGCGCGCUAGGGAUCGUCGUCGGUAUCUUCAUGGCGGUCAAUCAAAUCGGGGGUGACCGCGCCCAUGGGCUAUUUUUCUCCGUAUUGGGUGGGAUUCUGUUCAUUCCUGGAUUCUACUACACUCGGAUUGCCUAUUAUGCUUACAAGGGAUAUAAAGGUUUCUCCUUUUCAAAUAUACCUCAAGUCUAGAGAUGUUUGGAAGCUCAACUACUGUAUACUGUAUAUAUAUAUACACAUGCAUUUUUGCUAUUACCUUAAUACUGUCUCUAUCAUAACUCUUUCAAUGACAAUACAAUUUAAACUUAUCAACUAAUGUAUAUACAUGUUUGAGUAUAGUAUUGCUAUCAA